AUGCCUCUGCCCCGACGCCGCUCUUCUUUCCUGGGACAGCCGUCCUCCGAGCGCCCGGCCCCCGCCUCCUGCGGGCGGAUAGGCUCGGCCGGCACCGCCGCCCCCCGCGGCGUCUUCGUGGGCUCGGCCCCCCCGAUGGGCGGGGCGUCCUGCCUAGGGACGCGGGUGUCCCGGCGGGCUCUGGGCAUCAGCAGCGUGUUCCUGCAGGGAAUGAGGAGCAGCGCGGCACCGGUGCUCCCCCGGGCUGGAGAGCGGGCAGCGGGUCACGGUGCGGCGGCGGCGGGGCUCAACAGCUGCCUGAUGGAGUACAGAGAUAAAGUGAGAGCGUUGGAACAGCUGAACCAACAGCUGGAGGAACAGAUUCGACUCUGUCUGGACCGCAAAGCAUCCAGCGCCGGAGCCUGGGGCCCUCUGAGGAGGGACUGGGAGGAUGUCUACAGACAGGUCAGUGAAGCGAUCCUGGACAACGCUCGGCUGAUGCUGCAGACUGAGAACGUUCAGGCCAACGCUGAGGACUUCAAGGACAGGUAUGAAAACGAGCAGCCGUUCAGGAAGGCGGUGGAGGAGGAGAUCAGCUCUCUGUACAAAGUGAUCGACGAUGCCAGCCUGACGAAGGCCGAGCUCGAGGAGCAGAUGGAGACCAUGAGAGCUGAGCUACGAAACCUGGAACACAACCACGAGCAGGAUGUGCGAGUCCUCUACAGUCAGAUGGCAGGACGUGAGGUGGACGAACCCGACGCUCCCAUAGAAACUAGUCUGGACCAGAUCCUGGCCUACAUCCGGAGCCACUGGGAGAAGGUGACGGAGAGGAACCGAGCCGAGACCGACAGCUACCUGGAGUGUAAGGAGGCGCAGUGUGUGAGCAGCAGACUGAGUCCAGAGGAGGAGCAGGUGGAGGCGCUGAAGGCCGAGUGUAAUGAGACCGGCUGUAAGAUCCAGAGUCUGCAGGCCGAGACCGAGUCCAUCAGAGCGCUGAAACGAGGUCUGGAAAACUCCCUGGGCGACGCCCGGCACUGGCACGACAUGGAGCUGCAGAACCUGGGCUCUGUGGUGGCCAAGCUGGAGGCAGAGCUGGCCGACGUUCGUGGUGAGAUCGAACAGCAGCGGCGCGACUACGACACGCUGCUGAGCAACAAGCAGCGUCUGGAGCAGGAGAUCGGCAUGUACCACGGCAUCCUGGAUGGAGAGGAGAGCCGCUUCCAGCCCGCCGAGAUGCCGUGUCCAGGUCUGCAUUCAGAACCUGAGGGAGCUGCCAUCGCUUCUGCUGCUCCAGACUCCAGGACCAACGCUCCAGGACCUCCAGGACCUCCAGGAACACCAGGACAGUGAUCCCAGUGGAGGACCUGUGGAGCAGAUUGAAGUCCAGCAGAGACUUUGUGGAUGUUUGUGUUUGUUCAGAUGAACGUGGACUCUGUGAGGUUGAACUGAGCUCUGCUGGAGGGUUUUCUACCUGGUGACGCGUGCAGGUGUGAUUGAUGCUGAGAACCUGCAGGAAGUCCAGACUGAUCAGAAAUGAAGCAGCACGAGCGAUUCAGUGAUCUGAAUCUGGAACAAAGUCUCUGCUCACUAAACAGCUGAAGGUGAAUGUGAGGGGUCCUCAGGUCAACCUGUUACCACAACAUCUAGGACCCUAUCUGAGCUGGUCCUUAGGUCUAGACUGUAGAGGGUUCUGGUUCUGGAUUAGUCCAGUUUCUGAUUUGUCAAGAUCACAAGAUAUUACAAACAGAUGUGUGAAAUACGACUACAGAGAACAGCUGAAUAUGAAUAUUAAUAGAACCCUCAGGUACAGACUGUGGAGGCUUCUGGAUCAGUCCGGCCUCUAACGGACCCUACAGAACCAGAAGGAAUGUUCUCAGCCACCUGAUGUGCUGUUAGAUCUGCUCGAGUCAGGCAGCUGUUUGUUGAGCCGGUCUGCUGCCAGACGUGUCCCGCGGCUGAUCCAGGGCUCUGACAUCAAAGGUUCAUAAAUGAUUUCUAUCAAAUGUCAUUAUUGGGACGCUUUGGGAGGCUCAUGCUCAAAGUGUGCUGAGUGUGUGCUAAUAGAGGGGGGGGGGGGGCACAG